GGGGAUGGAACCCAGGGCCUUUACACUGAGCUAUAUCCCCAGCCCUCUAUUUUAUUGUGAGAGAGGGUCUUGAUACUGUGUGUUACCCAGGCUGGGCUUCAGUUUACAAUACUCCCACCUUAGCACCCAGAGGGCUAAGAUUACAGGAAAUAAUGCAAAAAGUGUCCCAAAGCUCCUGACCAGUGAAUAGAGAUUUGAGAAAGACAACCAAGCUCAUGUUUUCUCCUGAUCAAGAAAAUCAUCCAUCCAAAGCACCAGUAAAAUACGGUGAACUCAUUGUCUUAGGGUAUAAUGGGUCUCUCCCAAAUGGCGAUAGAGGAAGAAGGAAAAGUAGGUUUGCUUUGUUUAAAAGACCUAAGGCAAAUGGGGUGAAGCCCAGCACUGUGCAUAUUGCAUGUACUCCUCAGGCUGCAAAGGCAAUAAGCAAUAAGGACCAGCAUAGCAUAUCAUAUACCUUAUCUCGGGCCCAGACAGUGGUGGUUGAAUAUACUUAUGACAGCAACACCGAUAUGUUUCAGAUUGGUCGGUCGACUGAAAGUCCUAUUGACUUUGUAGUAACUGACACAGUUCCUGGAAGUCAGAGCAAUUCUGAUACACAGUCAGUGCAAAGCACUAUAUCAAGAUUUGCCUGUAGAAUCAUAUGUGAACGGAAUCCCCCUUUUACAGCACGGAUUUAUGCUGCAGGAUUUGAUUCAUCAAAAAACAUCUUUCUUGGGGAAAAGGCUGCCAAAUGGAAGACAUCUGAUGGGCAAAUGGAUGGCCUGACCACUAAUGGUGUUCUUGUGAUGCAUCCACGCAAUGGGUUCACAGAAGACUCUAAGCCUGGAAUAUGGAGAGAAAUAUCAGUGUGUGGAAAUGUAUUCAGCCUACGUGAAACCAGAUCAGCUCAGCAAAGAGGAAAAAUGGUGGAAAUUGAAACCAAUCAGUUGCAAGAUGGCUCAUUAAUUGACCUCUGUGGUGCAACAUUGCUCUGGCGUACUGCAGAAGGCCUUUCCCACACUCCUACCGUGAAGCAUUUAGAAGCUUUAAGACAGGAAAUUAAUGCAGCAAGACCUCAGUGCCCUGUAGGGUUCAACACACUAGCAUUUCCCAGUAUGAAGAGGAAAGAUGUUGUAGAUGAAAAACAACCAUGGGUGUAUCUAAACUGCGGCCAUGUACAUGGCUAUCAUAACUGGGGAAACAAAGAAGAACGUGAUGGAAAAGAUCGUGAAUGUCCUAUGUGUAGGUCUGUUGGUCCCUAUGUCCCUCUGUGGCUUGGAUGUGAAGCUGGAUUUUAUGUGGACGCCGGCCCUCCAACCCAUGCGUUUAGCCCUUGUGGGCAUGUGUGUUCAGAGAAGACGACGGCCUAUUGGUCCCAGAUCCCACUUCCUCAUGGUACUCAUACUUUUCACGCAGCUUGUCCCUUCUGUGCACAUCAGUUGGCUGGUGAACAAGGCUACAUCAGACUUAUUUUCCAAGGACCGCUAGACUAACAAACAGUUGUCCUCCAGGACUACAUUAUAAAUUUAUAAGCUAAGUGAGUUGGGUUUUCCAACCUGUUGUCCAUAUUACAGUUUCUCUGCUCUGGUUAUUUGCAUUAAGAUGAAGAAUUUUUGUAAACAUUUAUAAUAAAUAAUAGCAAUUUCUGAGCAAAAAUCUAGGAAAUUCAAGUAAAUGAAUUUUUGAAAGUACCAGACUAUUGAAUUCUGAGUUUUUGAAAAUAUAUUUUGAGGAGAAAAAGACAUAGUCUAAUUUGAUGCCUUCAUUUUAGUGUUUUUGAAUCACCCAUCCUCAGUGUUGAGAAAUUGUUUUGUAUAACUGAGGGUACUGUUGGUUCAAACUAUGUUAGUUUACAGUUUGUUGCAAACAUUGUAAAAUAGAGCAACAUGUAUAUUAACUUUUUUUCUAUUUAUCUUUAUUUUAGAAAAUAUAGAAUGUUCUUGAUAGAGUAGCAUGAUAAUGAUGGUGUCACACCUUUGGUGUGAAUGGUAGCUUAGUGAGCACAUAGCUCAAGGAUUUGUCAAGUUAGGAAGAAGGACAAGAAAGCCUCUUUCCCCACCCCCAUGUAAGUGUAGAAUUUGGUAAAUUUAAAUACUUUAAAACCAAAUUCACAUUAAUUACCAUUGUGUAAGAGGUGUUUGUUUUUAACCACAUUGAAGAUAAUCAGGAAAGAUUUUUUUCCUUAAUGUUUCUCUCAAGUGUAGUACUAUAACAAAACUUAAUGCUAAGAAACAUUUUAUAUACUCCUUUGAAUAUGCAAUUUAAUCUAGAUUAUCUAUUUUUCUCCCAUGAUAACUAAUCUUUUUUUAGUAUCAGUAACAUUUGGCAAGUUUAUUUUUUGGGUAUAAACUGGAUCAUCUGUUCACUGUUUCUAGAAAAAAAUGAAAAAGCAUAAAUUAACAAGAAAAGAGUGUAAAUUGAUUUGCUUUUAGAAAAAGAAAUGCUUAAUUAUUCUGUAUGUGGUUUUAUCCAAGCAUUAGAAAAUCUAGAGGUAUGAAAGGUUGAAUGACAGUAGUGCCCCCCUUUUUUAACCUAGCAGAUCAGCCUUAACUGUGGGCCUGAAUACUAAGGAGUGUUGCUACAGCGUGACUCGAAUAAAGGUUUGAUUGGCACACAAGCACCAAUGACAGCAGAGUAGAGGGACACACUUGAAAGGUCUGUUUAUGCUCUACUCCAGUAAGUCCUCUGCUUCGAGAAGCAAGAAAAAAGUUUCUCCUCCUCUCAGACCCCUCUUUUAAAUGCAGCACAAGGAAAGUACAGACCAUUGCACUACAUCAACCCCUUUUUGACACUUGCAGAAAUCAGUAUACUUUUAAACAGGAUCAUUGUUUUUAGUCUUUUGAUUUCCUUUAGUUUGAAAAGUGUAUGAUACUUAAUUGACCGCAAAUUUUUGUAUGUGGUAGCAUAGCUUUAAUUUAUCCUAUUACAUCACUGUUCUGAAUUUUUUUAAAAAAUUCCUUGGGUAAAAAAAAAAGUCGCUUAGAAGCCAUGAACUAUUUUAUUUUACUUUGUCAAAAUUCUUUGUUUUUAAAAAUGAUCGUUUGGGUUCACUCAGGAAAUGCAUGUCAGGAAACUUGUAUUAUAAGUUUUUUCGUUGUGAUGUAUCAGUAACUGCUGUUACCCUUUUUUUGAAGAAAUAUAAUUGAUUUUAAAGUUUUCUAGAUUGUCACAUGCUUUGUGACUAAUGCAAGGAAAUCAAGUCCUGUGUUGUAUUUGUUCCAGUUAUUUCUAUUCAGGCUAUAUAUUGUAGCUUAAUUUUUAUUUGCAAUUAAUUUAUUCAAACUAAGUAAAUUCUUUUCAAAAUAGA